CGCCAGUUUCACGCGAACGUCCGUACGCGUAUCUCGUAUUGCUUGCUCCGUAUACAAAACUGCACGCAGUUACGAGACACCAAAAACAUUUUUGUCCCCAAAAAAAAAAUCGUAAUUUCAAAAUAUUUUUUUUUAGUUUACGAUUUUUUUCUGCGUAAUGGUGCGUACGAAAGACAACGACGGCAUUAAGAGCUGUUUGAUAGUAGCGGAAGUUCAGAAGAGGCCGUGUCUGUACGACACCAAUCACAUGAACUACGGGGACAGGGCGGAGAAGAUGAGGAGCUGGGACGAGGUGUACGAGGGAGUCGUGCCUGGAUGGUUGACGCUCGGACAGACGGAGAAGUCUGCGGCCGGUAAAGAGGUGCAGAAAAGAUGGCGGUCUAUCCGGGACUCGUACACGAAGGCGUUUCGUCAGGGCAAAUGUCCGCCGCCCGAGCAGUGCGCGCCCGGAAGCAAGCGCUUCCAGUACCACCGCCAGAUGUCCUUCCUGCUGUGCGCGCUGCAGAACAAGAAAUCUCGCUACUCCCAAGACAAAUACGAAUCCUACUCAGAGAUAUCGAACUCACCCCAACAUCCUCCGCCCGAGGACAUGCCGCGCAUCAAACACGAGGUCAUCAACCCCGACAAACCUCUCGACCUCAAGACCAAACCAGAGGAGAGGAGGGAGAAGAGAGAAGAGCCAGAGAGACGGGGCACACGCGACAAGUGCAGCCAGGCCAGCAUAGAGAAGAAGUUGGAGAUCAAGAUAGAUGCGAACACAAUACUGCCGGAUGAUCACUUCGAUGAUGACAAAUUGUUCAUGAACUCUCUGCUGCCGCUUUUCAAGAAAAUGGACGAUGAUACCAGACUUCUUUGCAGGAUCGAAGUCCUCAAGAUAAUCAGGUACGCGUUGCAAGGCCACAAAUGCUUCGAGGCGCUGAAGGUGGCUGAAGACAGCUUCUUCAGGACCCGGAUGAGCGACAUCCUCACCAAGGAGGAGGUGGACAGCAUCAGGCCCAAGGCCAACGAGUCCAAGCUUUCCAUGACCACUCGCUCGGCUGAUGGCAGCAGGCCUAUCAAGAAACGGAGGACUCGAUCACCGUCGCCUCUGCCGAUGCCGCCCAAAAGACGCGGACCCGGGCGUCCGCGCAAGGUCCGACCUCCACCAUCAGACUCUGAUGAGGAGCAGCUCACCAAGAAGCGUUUCCCGCGGCUGAGGGUGCCGCCCGUGGAUGUGACCCUCGCCUCCGAGGAGGACUCCUUCAGCAAAGCCACCAGUGUCGCUCAGCUGUCCACGCCGCUCUUCAUGAAGAUGUAUAACCUGGAACGCACCAAGUUCGCUCCAGUGACGUCAUCGCCUCAAAACAUGCAGAUAUCCGUCAAGACAGAACCGCUGGACCCCAGUCCUCAACCCGCGUUCAGUCCUAUUUAAAAAAAAUAUAUAAUAUGAUAAAACUUUAUAUUUUAAGAAGCCCAACGUUGGGUCAUACUCGACCAACGUUAUAAACGUUGGACAGUAAAUGUAUGUCUUUAAUAUUGAAUGAUGAAAGUAAAAGACCCAACGUUGGGCUGUAGCUCUGGACCAAUGUUCUAAACGUUGGACCACAAAUAGACAACCAAUGGUAAUUUUAGACACAUUAAUUUUCUCAAUCAAAAGGAAUACAAAAUAGCAUUUUUUUUUUUAAUUUCUUUUAUUAAUUCUUUUUUUAUAUCUUUAUUAUUACUAUUUAAAAUCGAUUGAUUAGAGUAGGUAUGAAAAAAAAAAGAUCUUUGUUUAGUUCGAUAGUAAUGGUUUAUUUGUGAUAUAAUUUAGUUUACCUAUAUUUAAUUUAGUUUAGUAUUCAGUUUUGUAGUCUUCCUUCUUACUAGUGGUUUACGCUGGGAACGAAAGACUUGUUAAAGUGACAAGACACGUAAUAUCAUGUGUAAUACAGGGUGCUCGGGAGUAUUAUAUUAUUCUUUAAGGAAAAUUUAUUUAAAAAUGUCUGUUAUCGCCGUUUAGUGUUGGAAAUAGUAGUCUGUGACGAAUAUGACGUCGCUCGAUCUCGUGUUGGCUUCAGUGUGCUCGUGGCGUUCGAGUCGUCCACAUCUCUUGUUGUGUAAUUCUUUAUGAGUUACUUGGAAUAGUCGGGGAGAAUGACUUGAGUGGAAAAGAGGAGUGUUUGAUAUCAGUAAAAGGCGCCUUUAACCCUACACACAUCGUUCGCAAGUACGUGACUUCACUCAAGGUCAUUCUCUGCCAUUCUAGGGUAUUAUUUUGGUUACAGUUUGAUUUGUUAAUUAAGUUGUCCUGACAAGUGUUGUGAAUCAUAACCUUUGUUCGACAUUAGUUUUUGUUAUAUUUGUAAUCACCUUUUGAGUCCUAUAAUAUGUCUAAGGAACAUGUGUUCUAAAAUGAAUAUUUUCGGAGUAAAAAUGUUUCUUUUGUAAAUAGAUCUUAAAUUUUCUCCCUUAUUUUGCAUCCUAGCCAAAUUUAUUCAUUGGUAAAUAUCAUGAAGUAGCUUACUAGUGAAGAGUGUGGUGUUACCAGUUGUAAAUCUUGUCGAUAUCGACAGUCUUACUACGGUUACUUAUUGUAAAAUGCAAGGAUAGAUAAAGACGUGUGUUACAUGGAUAGUCGGAAUUAUUUGAAUUUCUUUGUAUAAAAAAAUAAAGUUUUUUUUUUAAGUUGAAAAAAAUAGUUAUGUAGUUCGGCUCCUAUAAGUGGACUUGUCAAAUGCUCCCGAGCACCCUGUAUAAAUAUAUAUUUGUCAUUAUUUUAUAAGUGUUAUUAAAUAAGACAAAGCAUUUUUAGUUUUUUAAUAUUUUAUUUGUAUUACUUAUUAUACUUAUAUUAUAGUUGAUCACACCCACAUUGAAUCAUAAAGAUUUGACUACAAAAAUCAUUUUAACAUUCCUCUAUGAUAUUUUUUUAAAUUGGCUCACGCUUGACCACAAUCUCACCUGAUGGUAAGUAAAAUUGUGGCCUAAUGUGGAACACACUUGCCUAGAAUAUGCCUAGUCACUCUUUAUCUUGCCUAGUUCUCCUGAAGAAAAAAUAAGCCUGGAUGUUGGUCAUAAAAACUUGAUGACGUUGUCAUGUUAUUGAUGAGUAUUUAUUGGCCUUGGAUUCAAAAUUGAUGAGCUUAGAAUGUGAGAAUUAAAUAUAUAUACAAAACCAUAUAUAUUAUCAUUAUUAAAGUAAUUAGUUUUGUAACACGUUGUAAAUAUAGAUAUUAGAUAUAUGGAUUUAUAGAAGUCACUGAAUUAAGAAAUUAAUACAUUUGUAUGUUUAAAAAGUUAGGGACAACUUUAGAUGGUAUGUUGACAAAUGCAUUGUAAAAUUAUAAUGUUUCGAUGUACAUUCCAUAUUGUAAGACAUCGAACUAUGUAUUUCUAGUACAUGUGAAAUAAAUGAUUUUAUUUAUCCAA